UUCUACUGUUUCGCUAUCAGGGACCUUGUCGGCGUAUUAGGAUCGUCUUGGCCUAGUGGCAGCUGUCGUGCAGCAGUCAGCACGAUUGCCCACGGUCCACGAUUCCGAUAGUUAUGCCUCUCGAUACUACACUUCUCCCAAGUAUGUGGCGUCUGCACUUGAACGGGACGGUUGAGGCUUGUUCGAGAUGCUGGAGCCGCUUCCCGAUUAGGAUGCGGACCAGAGCCUUCCGUGUUUAUUUAGCUCGGGAACAUAUUUCCAGAACUGCGAGUCCGACAGCACGCCGCUGGGAUGCAGCAUUAGCCGGACAUUGCGGGCCAUAGCCCGGCAGUCUGGUCUUCGAGGUCCUUCCCUUGUGCAUAUCCGAUUUUGUUUAAUAGUCCAGCCGUUUCCCAGACAUAUUUCACACAGCUCAUCUGGAGUAUCUCCACAAAAGCAAUGUCGGACAUCAAAGAGUCUUAUGCUACGACGACCUCAGAGAAUGGCGACCACAAAGGUGCUGUGGCUGACAUCGCCAUCAUCUCUGGCUCUGAAGCCAUAGCAGAAGCUAAGCUGAAAGAGCCUGUUCAACGAUUCUCCAGCUCUGCCAUGCUACUCUACGUCUGUGCAUUUGUGGGAUUCUUUUGCUCGACAUGCAACGGGUUCGACGGAUCCAUGUUCAACUCGCUCCUCACGAACAACACCUUCAAGGAAUACUACAACGUCGAGAGUACUGGAGCCUGGGCUGGUAUCGUUACAUCCAUGUACCAGAUUGGUGGUGUUGUUGCUCUUCCCUUCAUCGGCCCCGCCUGCGACACUUGGGGUCGUCGCAUUGGUAUGAUGAUUGGCGGAGUUCUUGGCUGCACCGGUGUCAUCAUCCAGUCAACUGCUCCUGCGUCCAACCCUGUCGGCCAAUUCAUGGGUGGUCGUUUCCUCCUCGGCUUCGCAGUCCCAAUCAUGACAACAGCUGGUCCGCUUCAUGUCAUCGAGACUGCGCAUCCAGCUCACCGUGGUAUCAUCACUGGUCUUUACAAUACUUUCUGGUUCGUCGGAUCACUUCUCGCUGCCGGUGUCACACGUGGGUCCGCCAAUCUCGCGGGCAACCAAUCUUGGAGGAUUCCCGUCUGGCUUCAGAUGCUCUUCCCAGCCUUACUCGUUAUACUACCUCUUCUUCUUCCAGAGAGCCCUCGCUGGCUGUACACUCGUGGCAAACAUACCCAGGCCAAGAAGACUCUUGCCAAGUACCAUGGUUGCGGCAACGAGGACAGCAUUUGGGUUUCCAUGCAGAUUCGCGAGUACGAAGAGUAUCUCAACAUGGACGGAGGAGACAAGCGCUGGUGGGACUACGGCUCUCUCUUCAAGACUCGCCCUGCGCGCUACCGCCUCGCUUGCAACUGCGUAGUCGCGAUCUUCGGUCAAUGGGCAGGCAAUGGUGCUGUCGACUACUUCAUUUCUGGUGUUCUUGAAUCUGCAGGCGUCACGGACGAGAUCAAGAAGAUGAACAUCAACUUAGGAAAGAGCUGUAUGCAGCUGGCAUUCGCUGUCGUGGGAGCUCUCUGCGUCGACAAACUUGGUCGACGACCCAUGCUGAUCGGUACUUUUUCGACCGUGACAGUAAUUUGGGCCGGAGCCAUCGGCGCUGUUUCUUACCAGAACAAAAACGACAGCAUCCCCGCCGGUAAUGCCUUCGUAGCAUUGGUCUUUCUCUUCAACGCCGUCUUCGCCUUCGGUAUUACUCCGCUCCAGGCCCUCUACCCCGUUGAGGUGCUCUCAUUCGAGAUGCGCGCCAAAGGUAUGGCCUUUUCCAACUUGGCGCUCACCACAGCCAUGUUGAUCAACCAAUUCGCCUACCCUAUUGCUCUGGAGAAGAUUGGCUGGAAGCUCUACAUUGUCUUCGCAUGCUGGUGCCCAGUCCAGGCUUUCGUCGUCUGGCUCUUCAUUCCUGAGACCAAGAACCGCACCCUCGAGGAGAUUGAUGACAUUUUCAACGCGCCAAACCCGAGGAAUGCGUCGCUUAUCAAGAAGAGGCUCGCCACCGAUGCGCAAGGCAACGUUCUUGAGGUCGAGAAGCUGUAAGCCUCUCAAUAGCAAAUGGUGUACAUGUCGCCGCUCUCUGGUGUAUACAUGCAUGUGUUGUUACUGCUUUGGUAGUCAAAUUUGCGAUGUUUAUUAAUUAGAUUGAUGUAU